AUGACUGAGAAAUGUUUUUCUUUCACCUUGAAUCAUUUAGUUUUCGUGACUAUUGUACAAUUUAUCAACACUUUGGAUGGCUCGAUGACAAAUGUUUUAAGCGUAACUCACUCAAGCGACAAAGGAGAUGUAUUCGAGGUCUUGGCAAACGAGUCGGUUUGUGCGACGAGUUGUGAAAGGUUUGGGGGUUUUCUACAAAAGAGCGAUCGUCGAGACAACGGUGGUAGCCACAAAUGUUUUUGUUAUUGCGCUAAUUUGACAAAACCCUCUUUUUAUCGGACCAAGAGAGGACAGGAAAGCUGUGUCAAAGAUAUGGAGGUUUUGGCUGACACAAACGAAGGUAAGCAUCACUGGCAUGAUCAGGCAUCCUAGCUAGAUGUAACACUUUUCACUUCAUCUGAAAUCGUUGAAAAACUGGCCGUGUGCUCAACAAGUCAGAAAAGGGCUACAAGGAGGACCUCAGAAAAUACUAAGAAUGUGAGCUAUCAAACAUAUUUUUUGCCCUAAAUCUUUUGAGAGUCAGACAAUCCGAGCCCUUGGUACAACUGUACAUGAUUUCUCAUGAGAAAAAAAAUACGUUAUUGUCCCGAAAGAGGUUGAGUAAUAUCAUUUAUUUAAAAUGGCGGUCUUCACCUUUUUGAUCACUAUUAAAAUAACAUUCAUGACAAUAUUUCCCAUUAACACAACCCAGAGUGCUUUUCCUGUCUCAGACUAUUGCUCAAUGUAUUUUUUUUUUGUUAAUCCUGUUCCCCUGAUCCUAGGGAUUUUGAGUGAUGCUCUCUUACAGUGGGACUUAUCUUUGAAGGAAUUUUCUUAAUAACAGGAAAAUUUCACGGUUUUUUAUAAGAAAAGGAACUUGGACUAGGAAACUGGUAAUUAAUUAAGUUAGCACUUCCUUUAGUCCAUAGGGCCCCCACCCAAAAUGCAAAAAAAAAAAAAAAAAAAAAAAAAAACUAGAACUGGAAGUUGAUUUCAUCCAAUAAAAGUAACUUUAAAAUUCAAUUUUCUACAGAUAAAUGCAACUUUUACACAGACAACGCUGAGAAAUUACAAGUUUUAAAUCUUCACACUGACGGAAAAGCGAGAAUAAAAUCGAAUGGCUCCUGUGAGAAUCUCCAAGUAUCUGAAUGGAAAUAUUAUUAUAAUGGUUCAUGGAUUUCCUCUUCAUAUGACACCUUCUCGUCAAACACUAUAGGACACAAUGGGGCUGGAAAGAGUAUGUUACGAACAUUUCUAAAGGUAGGAAGUGCAGCCUAAGAGUGAUAAGCUAGUCAACGCUGGGUGCGAUAACUGAAGUAAAUGAUAAGACAUGGCGAUGCGCGAUUAAGGGUUGAGUUAAAAUCAAGUCAACAUCAGGUAUCUGUUAAAGAUUACCCUGUACACAGACGUUGGUUUUUUCUUCUUUCGACUAUUUUCUCCUUACCCAGCCACCCCCCCAUUCCCUUUGCGCUUGCGUUCAAUUUUAUUUUCCCGCGGUUUUUACUUCCAUACGCGCGCUCGACUGGACCUCUAAAGAGAAAGACGGGGUCUGUGGACAGGUUAGAUAGAGAUAAGAAAAGGUGAUAGAAGACAGGUCACGUGAAUCCUGUCGGUAUAAAGGUUAUGGUUAAAUCCCCUCUCAUGAGAUUAGAUGAUGCACUCCAACCACACCCUGUAUGGAAAAAAAGCCUCAAAUACGAUGCUAGGAGCUUUUAAAUACUAUACUACUCGCGAACAUUUUAGUUAGCAGACCUAAAGAUUUGUAAAGCAAAUAGAAUAGAACAGAAUAUGGUUUGGUGGCUUUUGUUUUACAUGAAUUGUUGCUUUGGGAUUUCACCUAAAGAUUCAGCUCCAAAGUUUCUCUUAAUCUAGUGUCUACUAAUUGACCUUGGGCAGUUGUACUGGAUUUGAAAAGGUUUCUGCUGUAGAGGAAAAUAAUAUAACUGUCUUUUUCUGUGUAGUGGAAUGGACAUCUAGCACCAUUUUACAGAGGCUUGCUGAUCAAAGUAAUAGUUCGCUGCACUUAUGGCGGGAAAACAGACAAUGGAUGUGUCAUGCUUAAAGCUGCAGGAACUCAUGUUUGUAAGUAUUAUGCUUUUCUUACAGCUCUUUAAAGAGUGAUAAAGUCUCCCCUUUUCAUGUAGCUGAUAUUUUGUUUUAAAACAAGUAGAGGAAUUUCUGGUCUUGGAAACCCUGGGUACCCUAUACUAUGCUUCGGUGUCGGACGCAGGCCGACAGCUCUUCGGACACAGGUCGAAAUAACGAGCAGCGAAGCGUGGGUCAUCAUAAAGACUUGACCGUAACCAGAAACCGCGCAUGAAAAGUCUCUGGCACCCCGUGUAGGUCUUAGAGAAACUAGGUAAGAAUUCUUGUCCUCACGUGCUAUCUUUAUAAACUUUCACAAGGCAACGCGGUGAUGUAUUUAAAAUCGUUCAGCAAAAAUCAGCCACUUUCUCGUGGAAUAAAAUCAACUGAGCCAAUUGACUCACUCACGUUUGAUGUAGUUGGUUACAAAGCUAUGAUGGAAUGGUGGGGUUAGAUGAUAAAAACACACUAGACGCAAAUGAAUGUUUGUAUUACUGGAGAUCAUUCUGAAAAGAACUGGUACACAUAAGUCGCGCAGUCGACCUUAACUUGAUAACCUUACUUUAAUUAUUGCCUUCGGAUUAGUCAUACUGCUUAUGAAACCUGUAAAACGAAAACCACGUGCGUUUUUCAAAUCAACGUACUUUUUUUUCAGUCAUAGAUCAUGAAGUUCCAACAUAUACGACACCAUUCACGCCAUCCUCACAGCCAGUCACAGGCUCUUUAGUGCCCAGGCUUGACGAAGAGCAGUUGAAUAAGGUUGUUGAAUCUGUUACAUUUUAUUAUUUGUACGAAUUUCUAAAAGUGCAUAUAACCCUUGCUGGUCAAGAUUCACGUGUAAAAAUGCUCUAUUGCUUCGGUUUGUAAACGUACUAGAUAGAUUUUGCAAUGUUUCCAGCUCAGACUUUUGUGGCCGUUAAAAGUUUCCAUGUGGGAUGUCACGUGAUAUCGAAAUAGCCAACUAGAGCGCACACUUUGGGAAGAGAUCUCCCAGCAGUAUAAUCGGGGACAGCCGAGGGGGCAGUUUACCCCUUUAAUAGCCUUUACAGGGAAGCUCAGCCGAAAGGGGGCACCUUUUUCGGGCUUUUGGUACUAAUGAAAGGGUAGGGAUUUUACUACCUGAAAUAUGUAAAAGGGGAGGGAAAUCUGUCAUUCCAAUCUGUGAAAGUUCCUGAAAGGGCUAACAGGCGCAUUUUAUGGCUGUGAAAAAUACGAGAAAACUUCGUGGUUUAGUAGUUUAUUCAUAUUUAGAAGACGAGGCAUUAUAUUUUAUAGCAUUUGAAAAGAAUGCAGCGUUCUCAACUAUUUUGCGAAAGGGGUACCACUUGUCAAUGAAAGGUAUACGAAUGUGUUACCUUUUCUGACAAAAAUGGUAUUGCUGAUUUUCAGUGUCACGUCUUUCAAAAUUGAUCGAAGUUAAAAUCAAAACCGUUCAAUGGAAGAAGUCCAGAGUCUGCAAAGAAAUGAAAGGAGGUAAAUAUGAAAAGAACCUCGCCAAGAUUCAGGACAGAGAGGUGUUUCAUAUACGAGAUAUCAGGAGAAAUGUUUUACCCAAAUUUACAGAGAUUUGUAUGGAGACGCCAUGUUGGUGCCCAACCGGAUGGGCACAAUUUGGCGGCCGGAAACCAAAAAAACGUCUGUCACCGCGCAUGUUUUGCUACAAAACGUUGAAUUUAUCUCUCGAAAAACUCAUAAAACAUCAAAGUAAUAUUCUAUUAAUACAUGAACUGCUCGGAUAGCAAAAUUAAUACGUCACUUUCUUAACCUACAUGACAGCUCUUUCGGCCGUCAUGUAAAUGUUGCGUCACGCAAUAGCCUAGAAAUUCAAGCGCAUUCUAUCACAAAACCAUGAACCCUUUCAAAGCGAAAAUUUGUAUAAAUAUUAGUUGAUAGUUUGUAGUUUGAAUUUUAGUGUCUUCAUGCGAAAACCAAGAAUAUGAAAGGUUAAGGAUUGAACUUGGGAUGGAGCCUCCCCGUAUAAAUUUCACUGAGUACCCCCUCCUUCCCCGGGGGUACAGUCUUUACAGUUGGAUACCAUUAUAUCAAGCAUACGUUGGAGAAAGCUUGAUAUUUACUUUCUCUUUGAUCACAGACAACACCAGGCUCUGGGACAAUACCAGUACGUUACACCUCACUUCCAACAGAAGAUUACUCUAAAGGAAGUAGCAGGGAAAUAUGGGUUAUAACAUGUCUUGGUCUGUCAGCUCUCCUCCUUAUUAUUGGUAGCGUCAUUACUGGAUUCAUAGUCGUGAAAUGUCGACGCAAUUGUCGCAAACCUGAUAGAUCAGGUAAACUUUAGAUCUUAGGUGUUAACCCUUAAGUAAGAUUUUUCCCUUAACAAGCUACAAUCAGUGACAAAUUAAAGUAGUUGCUACACUUGUCUAAAACGCGCGCUUUUAUCGCUGACAAUUUCAUCCAUUUUAUCGUACACGAUUGUAUAAUUCUGUUUAGAUGCCGUAAAUCCCCCACCCCCGAAUCAAUGUUGUUUGUGGUUGGAGGAAGACCUGACGUUUUUAAUUAUACAACAUUGGUUUGGGGGGGGGGGGAGGGGCUGGGGGUGAGUGGGUUGAGGUUCAAAGGACGAGGGGAUAGAUUUGUCCACUAGGCAAAAAGGGGCCAUUUUAUCGAAGUGUCCAACACUUUUGCCCCUCGUUAUAGCGGAAGCAAUAUAUUUAUACCUUUUUCUUAUUAAAUAAACAAGUUCGAUUGUUCAUCACCAGGGCAUUGUCAAAUUUCAUAAGCAUGCUAAUGUUUUUAGAAUAGGUAGUGGUGUAACACCUACAUUAAUUUUCCCCUUAAAGCUCUAAGGUUUCUUUGAUUCAUUUUAGUACCUCGCCGCCCUCUUCGAGUUUCUUCUGAACAUGCGCAGCACGCGUCAGAGGAGAAUGCAGCCAUGCAUGAUUACGAGUAUGUUCACUAUCCCUGUCUUGUUGACAGAGGCAGCACUCUCUCUAAGGGUAAGUCAAAUAAUUAUUAUCAUGAACUACACUGACAGCUAUUAAAACACAUGUUAUUCAACUUGGCGAGAAUAUUAACAGCUUAGAAAUAAUGGUAAAAAACAUAUCAUAAAAAUUGUCUUUAAUAUGAGCUUGUAUACGGCAAGUAGGUAGGACCAAAACAGGCAGGCCUUUCGUUCCUGUGGUUGCAUACAUGCUAGGAAGACAAGUAGAUAAAAACGUUCUAGAGUGUUACACAACGGAGAUGUUCAUUUGUUUCUUUGUUUUUGUUUAUUUGUUUCCUGCUUGUUGUUGUUGUUGUUGUUUUUUGGGGCGUGCAAGCAGGUGUUAUAGGAGUAGGACUUAUUUUGAUCAUGUCUUUGCUCGCCUCUUGCGCCGUAUUUACAAAUGAAGCAUUCGUUUGCAAGUUAUUUUACAAUAGAAUUUUUAACUAUCCCUUUAGAUAAGCGCAGGUGCGAAAGAAGCGAAGACAAUAAGCUUGUUAUAUGGUCAAAGAACAGCAGUGGAAACCCCACUCAAACCAACCAAUCGACACAAGCAAAUCCACCUCGCCUGCCUUAUCAGCGACUCCUUACAAGGGUGACAUCCACACCGCCACCUGAAGGUAAUGUAAGCGCACCAGUCACCUCACCAACUGUGGGACUAGGGGAGGAGUUUCCAUAUCAGAAGCUUAUAAAGACGGUGCCCUCUACUGAAAGUAGCGGACAGCAGGGGAGUGACAAUGGAGAGAAGCCUGAGGCAGAUGUCUCAUUGUAUGAUGAAACAUCUCAAAAACCAUACCAGUCUUUAUCCUUGAAAAGAAAUCCAACGGUAAGAAUUUUUUAAACCCCUCAACUGUUAUUCUUUUUUAUUAUUAUUAUUUUUUCUUUCUAUAUUUUUUUUUUUUUGCUUAUCGACCCAUCUAAGGUAAGUAAGCUUCCGGAAUCCGGUGAAAGACCGUUCAAUCCUCAAUUCCGCUCAAGUAAUCAGGAAUCCAGGUUUCAGUGAGAUGGAAUCCAUAAUCCAAGACUAUCUUGUAUUACUUCAUACGGGGUGAGUUGGCGCUUGAGGAUGAGCGUGUGCUAUCGAAUGAAAGCUGCAUGGAAACCUAACUUCUUACUUGAUUACCGUCAACUGCACGCUACAAGAAUUCAUCUCAACGCGGCUAGGCUUAAAUAUUCCUUGUUGAAAAUUUGUUUACGGUAUCUUUUUAUUGGUAAUUGAUGAACCUUUGCUGGCAGUGACAAGUUGAUCUCUCAGUUUCAAAAGAGUGGCGAGUGAAGGGGCCACAAUUAAGAAAGACAAAACCAGUUUUCAUGUUCUACUAAUUGGAAGGUUUAGAAAACUAUUCUUUUCACAGGUCGGUGUGCAUACAGAAACUCCUGACCGUUCGCCCAGGGAGUCCAUUUCAGUUCAUCUGCCCUCUCCCAAGUUAAAUCUCCCGAGGGCAAGUUAGUCGGGGAUGAAGGAUAUUUAGUUGACGACGUUUCUUGUAGGAUUGUUACGUUAAGUUCUCGAGAUCAAGUAGGAAGCGAUCGCAUUAGAAAAAUGACCGUAUUGAAGGAUUUGUAUGAAAAAGAAUUAACAAAUUCACUAAUGAGAACAUUUUUUUUCUUUCUCCACAGUCUUGUCCUAAGGAAAGUGACACAGGAUAUAUGCUGAUGGGAGGAGCUUCUCCUCCUGAAAGAAUUUAUGAGUAUGAUUACACGGAACCUUUGCAACCCAACACACUAUUCCGAUUCUCUCACGGUGACACCGAGCAGGUUAUCGUUCAGGUCUCUAUUGACGACCUCAGUGAUGUUGCCUUAAGUGAACAUCAGUUGCAACAACAACAACGACAACCAUAUGACCAAGUCAUAACAUCUUUAACUAAUACUGAUGAAAAUUACGAAGACAUAGAAAACCUGAAUGUAAAGAACGGUUUACCCACUGAAGGGAAGAAUGUUGCACACAGCGGUUCAGAGCAUAAAUCUCCGUCUGCUGGAUCUUAUGAAAACUUAUCAGCAGAGAACGAGGGACAUUUGACGGGGAGAAGAACCGAUCCCGAGGAAUAUGUUGAGAUGGGGAAAAGAAGAAGUGUACUGGUUUCAGAUUAUGCAGAUCAAUCUGGUUGCAGUGGUUUUCCAAACAUUGAUGAGGAAGGCCCUGAAUACCAUGUUUUGGAGGAGCUGGAAACGAGUGAAAGUAAGUCUUUUGAA